AUGGCGAACGCUGACGAAAUUGUCAAGGAAGUUGAGCGGAUUCCUCUAAGUUUUUCGAUCAGCAGGAUUCUAAGCAAAGCAGACGACAAGGAAUCACGUGGGUCAACGGAGAACGUGACGGAGGCCCUUCACAGACGUCCCCGUCAACACGGCGAGAAGAUUCAAUCCUAUACUCCAUUCACCGAGUCUGGAGCGGACUGUCAUUUUGUUCAAAACUGUCGUAACGUCGACGAAAACCAUGAGUAUGAUUCGAACAGAAGUACUCCGGAAACGGAAAGUAAUUUUUGCACCAAUGGUAAAAGCGAUAAAAGUUUGGACUCACUCGGCGAGAGCUACAACCAGUCCCCGAGUCCGUUCAAGUCCAAGAAAAAGAAGUUAAGAACGGUUUUCUCCAGAAGUCAAAUAUACCAACUCGAGGCUGCUUUUGACAUGAAGCGCUAUCUAACAAAUGCGGAAAGAGCCGGACUUGCAGCCAGCCUGAAAUUAUCAGAAACCCAGAUAAAAAUCUGGUUCCAGAACAGAAGAAAUAAAUGGAAGCGACAGAUUAACGGAGAGAUGGAUGAGAUUCCUAUCCCCUCUGCUUUCGCUUCCAGAUUCCUGCAGAAUGGUUUAUACCACAUGAAUGGUGCGCGUCUCGUCUGCACUGGACCAUCACUUCCGGCGCAUGUCAGUACGCCUCCUUACAAACGAGAGAGUCUUCUGUUUCCCUACCAAACAUAA